CAGAGCGACCUAUCGUCCUGCUCGCGAGACAGAAAAUAGGAGGGCUUUAGACUAAUCAGGACCUCAGAGGAGUGCGCCCUCCGGAGCGAGGCGUGGAAGACAAGGUGGACAGCAGCGACUAAUCAAUGCACUCGCCUGAUACUACACCCGCGGAACAGUAGCUCGCGUUUGAUUUCACACGCUCCGCUGUGUUAUAUCGUCUCCGAAUGAACAGCCAUGGGGGAAUGGACAAUUCUCGAGCGUCUCCUGGAGGCGGCUGUCCAACAGCACUCUACUAUGAUCGGGAGGAUCCUACUGACAGUGGUGGUGAUCUUCCGGAUUCUAAUCGUUGCAAUAGUAGGAGAGACCGUGUACGACGACGAGCAGUCCAUGUUCGUGUGUAACACUUUACAGCCAGGCUGUAACCAAGCUUGCUAUGACAAAGCGUUCCCUAUAUCUCACAUCAGAUACUGGGUGUUCCAGAUCAUCAUGGUUUGCACACCCAGUCUGUGCUUCAUCACAUACUCGGUGCAUCAGUCGGCCAAACAGAAGGAGCGGAGAUACUCCAUGGUCUACCUGUCCCUUGACAAAGAUCCCGAUUCAAUGAAACGAGACGACAGCAAAAAGAUCAAAAACACCAUCGUGAACGGAGUACUUCAGAACACGGAAAACUCCACCAAAGAAUCUGAGCCUGACUGUUUGGAAGUGAAAGAGAUCCCCAGUUCAGCCAGGAGAACUACCAAAUCUAAAAUGAGAAGGCAAGAGGGCAUCUCGAGGUUUUACAUCAUUCAGGUGGUUUUCAGGAACGCGCUGGAGAUCGGCUUCUUGGUGGGGCAGUAUUUCUUGUACGGAUUCAAUGUUCCUGCCGUGUACGAGUGCGAUCGCUACCCUUGCAUCAAAGACGUCGAAUGCUACGUUUCGAGACCCACUGAGAAAACCGUGUUCCUCGUCUUCAUGUUUGCGGUCAGUGGGAUUUGCGUGGUGCUCAACCUUGCAGAACUCAAUCACCUGGGCUGGAGGAAAAUUAAAACGGCAGUGAGGGGGGUUCAGGCCAGGAGGAAGUCCAUAUACGAGAUCAGAAACAAGGACUUACCGCGGAUGAGCAUGCCGAAUUUUGGCCGCACCCAGUCGAGUGACUCUGCCUAUGUCUAAUGCUCCUUCAUCAGUAGUUCAUCAGAGCAGAGGUGCUCAAUCCUGGAAGACCUCAGGAUGCACAUUUUGAAGUUAACACACAGUUGAAGUCUUGGAGCCUCUAUUCUAAACGAAUAGCUCACUCAAAAAUGAAAUAUUCUGUCAUACUCCACCUCAUGUCGUACCAAAUCUAUAUGACAUUCUUUCUUCUGUGGAACACAAAAGAAGAUAUUUUGAAGAAUGUUUUUGUCCAU